UCAUCAGUAAAACUAAACGUUUCCUCCUGCUUGACGGAUUGAAUUGGAACGUUUUUUUUAAAAUGAAUAUAAAUAUUGUCACUACUUUGAAAAGAUUUCCUAGAAUAAUUAGAGCAUGGAAUUGGUACAAGAUAAAUCACUAUUCCAGUCUAACAUUACUAGUAGCCGUUCUGACUAUAAUACUUACAAAUAAAUCCGAAGAAUUUGAGAAAACUGAGAUAUCCAUAAUUAAAAGAAGAUCUGGAGAGACAAUCCUAACUGUGGAUGGAGUGCAGGAAAUCGAAUUCGACUCAAUGAUCGACUCAAUGGGUUUCCUAGUAUAUGAGGAUGAUUAUGAAGAUUGUGGAAAAUUGAAACAAGUACGAGGCUCGAAAAGCACGAUGCUGCUGGAUAAUUGGAAGUUUUCCUGUGAUCCCCUACAACGUCUCAGAUUAGCGAAACGUGCCGGAUACAGUGGCAUUAUUGGGUACAAUAUCCCCACCGGGUACAAAACACCGCCAGGAGUAUCGGUCUCAUUAACCUUGAUUGGUGAAAGUGAUGCAAAUAUUUUGAAGAAAUAUUCCUACCCGAAUUCCGUCAGAUUUUAUGUUUCUUCUAAACCUGUGACAUAUGUGAGAGGACGAUACUGGUUUGUGCCGGAUUGCAGUGUCCAACAACUUUUGAUUUACGUGUUUAUAACUUUCUUCACUGUGAGAUUCUUACUGGUUCCCAACGAAUACAAUAUUUUGGACCUGUACUACUUUUACAUGUAUCCAAGACUUAAAUAUUCGGAGUUAGGUGUGAAUAUUCCCAUCCCACUCAGCAAGAAACUACUUUAUUACUUCAGUUCCACGAAAUAUGGGGCUUAUCCAGAACCCAUAGCGUAUACUCAUAUUGAAAAUGAACGGGUUAAAGCUAUCCAAGAAAUUAAUAAUAAUAAUGACGACUUUUCGGAUUUUGGAAUUGGAGAUAAAGAUUUCGAACUAGUGUCUGACAUAUCAGUGGGAACGUAUGGGAACGUUACAAAGAAAAAGUUUCUCCCUACCGGGGAACAAGUCGCGGUGAAAUCUAUUCUUAAAAUUUAUAACGGGUCCAUCCUGGAAUCUGAAGUUCUUCAAUGUGGCAACAUUUCUGAUGCAAUUGUGCGUCUAUUGUACGCAUACGAGUCAGAUAUAUAUAUUCAUUUUGUCACAGAUUUGAUGCAGGGCAGUUUAUUGGAUUUCACCAAAUUACUUAGAAAAGAUCAUGCAAAAAUUUUUGCCGUCGAGUUAGGACUGGGACUUGAAGCGUUACACAGUUUCGGAGUUGCUCAUCGAGAUUUGAAACCGGCAAAUGUCUUUCUAGAUCAAAAAUUUCACAUCAAAAUAGGGGAUUUUGGUUGUUCCGCUAAAUUGAGACAGGGGAAAGUACGAAGGGAGCUUCACCAACUUGGCACGAAGGGAUAUUGGGCCCCAGAAAACUAUUGUAACGAUUGGACCCUUAACUCUGACUGGUGGGCGUAUGGUUGCAUCGUAUUUGAAAUGUUUACCAAAGGCAGAUUAUUCCUUACGAACGAAAUUUUACUGGAUCUUGAAACCAAAAACGUUUCAAAACGUUCUUUAUGGUUACGAAUCAUGGCCAAUAUGGGUGACGAGGAUGUCAAAAAGCUGUUAAAAAAUGUCUUAAAUAAGUCUAAAUUUAGAACCCCAUUCACAAAUGGGAUGCAAUUUUCGGAGCGUACGGAAUACUUGGGAGUACCAAUUCCCGUUGAUAGAUCAAAAAAUAUCCUGACACACAUACCAUUAUUGAAGAUAAACCGUGUAAACAAUGAUCCAGGAAGGAAUGAUGAUGCCGCACUGCAAUUCUUCCAGAGGCAAAUGUUUGCCAGAAUUUUUAUAAAUAAUACAGACUUAAGAAUUGAUCAAGAUUUUCGCUUCGAUCAUAAAAGUAAAAGUUGCUACCAAACGAAUUCAUUGAUAGGCCAGUUGUUCUAACUAAUCGGCAUUAAAAGAGGAAGUGAUUAAAUUUGCAACUACUUUAAUUUACUUGGGAACACUUGGCAAUAAUACCAACUCUCCAAAGGCUCAAACCUUUAGCAAAUUAUAAGCAUCAUUAUUAAAUAAAUUAUUACAAAAUAUAUUGUAAAAGCAAUAAAUAUGUUAUCUCUGCAUUCUA